AUGCCGGUAACGCACGGGCUGACCACCACGACUACCACGACGGUGUCCACGCCGGGCUACGCUGCUCCGCCACACCUGGUGUACACUCAGCAUGUAGCCACGGUGACCCUGACAGCUGCUGUGCAGGCACUGCUGCCGGAGGUUUCAAUGCCCGCUGCUACGCCGCCACCUAGUUGUUCAUUUCUUGUAUUUCUCCCUAACAGUUCACUUUGUGCCAUGCUCAACUCGGGUCAAGGAGGGACUGUGUACUUAGGUGUAACAGACAGUGGCCAGGUCAAAGGAAUAUCUCUAACUAGGUACCAAAAGGACCACGUUCUGGCUUCCCUCAACUGGACCCUUGAGAAAUUUUCGCCCCCAGUUUUGGACUCCAGGAUUUGUGUCAACUUUGUGUUGGUUACUUCUGCUAAGAAACAGACUUUCCAGGAUACUAAGGAUGAAAAAGUUGACAGUACCCGUCGACAGCAGCUACAUCAUGUUGCUCAACCCAAUUACUGCUGGUGUGACUCAGAUGCCAUUGCGCAGAGAUCCAUGGGAAAACUGCCCAUGCUGUAUGUUGUGGAAAUCCACGUACGCCCUUGGGACGCCCAUCGUCAGAAUGUCCCAAGAAAUCCAUUCAAUCCGAAGGCACCCAUGAUCCCACCCCUUCAUCUUAACGAGGCAAACGGGUGUUAUGUCAGGCAGAGCUGUCGCCAACCAAGGCUGUGUUUAGAGGACGUAAGAAGACACUUGGUUCAUCGAGUCCAAGAGCACUAUACUUUGAAGCUUUCCAGACUCCAGACACAGCUCGCUGCCUUGCAGAAAAUGAGGGUGAAUGGUGUUCCAGUUGUGUAAGUCACAGACACGACCCAAGAAGUGACUUGUGGCAGAGAGAGAAUUGUUUGUGGAAAAGAGAGAAUACAUACACUCUUCCAGGAUGUUAACCAUCAAUCAAUAUUCACAAGUAAAUUGUGAGGCUUGUUCACUGCAUAAAAGCUGUGGAGAGCACAAAAGUGAGAACCACUCUAAAAAUGCUUACUAUGGUAUACCAGAGGAUUUUAAUACUAGUUUUAUCACAAAAAGUACAAUUAAUAAUGAACAUAUGAAAAUAGGUAGAGUAAUUAGUGAAAUUUUCUUGGUGAAAAAUACCGUGAGUAGGCAAAUUAUCUGUGAAUAAUGAGUGUGUUAGUGUCCCAUAGAGAAAUGUGCAAAAAGGGAGUCCAUGAAUAGCAGGGGUUGACUGUGCUGUAUUGUGAAUUAAACUGAAAGUUUCUUAUGAAAGUUUCUCAAGAUUUUUUAGGUAAAAGAAAAUUUUUUGUUGUUUUAAAAUAAGAAUUAUAAUUGCUUAAAAGAUCCAGGUCUACAAAGUAUGUCAUCACAUUACAUAAAAUAUACUUCUAUCA